AGUCCAUAGAAUAAGGUUUCAGCCGUUCUAAUACUGAAUAGGGUUUCGUUAACGAAGCUGCUCAAUUUCACAAUCCCAAUCACCAGAAGCUCCAGGAGCAUCACUUAUUUUUCUGGAUUCCGUUUUUCGUCCAAAAUUUAUAAAUGUUCCGGUUUUUAAUUUAAUUUUCUGUAAAAAUCGCAACUGCUUUUAUGCCGAGUUCCGAUGGCGCUUUCUCUCGGCAAGCUCUCGCUCAUCGUUGGUGCAGGCCUUGUGGGAUCGGUUCUCGCCAAAGAGGGCCGGAUGCCUAAUGUUUCUGAUUUUUUCUCUGGUGCAUUUAAGAUCGUUUUCAAGCAACUUAAACAAGAUGGUCCUGCUGCUUCCCGAACCAAACCGCGAAAUGAUUCUUUGAUGCAACAGGUUAACAGCCUUCGAGAAGAGCUACAAUUCUUGGCAUCAAAUAGAUCUGUUACAAUUGUUACUGGAGAACGAUCAGCGUCUGGGAAAUAUGGAAUAGUAAUUAUUGCUGUAGUUGUUGGAUAUGGCUACAUUUGGUGGAAGGGUUGGAAGAUUUCUGAUAUGAUGUUUGCAACUAGGCGUGGCUUGAAUGAUGCAUGUUCUUCUGUAGCUAAACAACUUGAGACUGUUUACUCUUCAGUUUCGGUCACUAAAAACCAUCUGUCCUCAAGAAUUGACCGAGUAGAUUGUAAAAUUGAUGAGGUUGGCGACCAUACAACAGCAACGAAAGAUGAGGUGUCUGAACUGCGAGGCAAUGUGAAAUCGAUUGAUUCAAAAUUCCAAACUGUUCAUCAUGUAGUGCGGUCACUGGAAACUAAGAUUAGCAGGAUAGAAGUGAGACAGAAUCAACUGAACUCUGGAGUGGAAAAUUUGGUUGGCUAUGCAUGGAAUCUUGAAAACAGCAAAAGCAUGGAGCAAAUUGAGGGAGCAUCUAGUUCCUCCAGGCCUGCCCUUGAACUGCCAAACGUAUCUCCGUCAAGGAGCGUUUCUUUGCCCAUCAAGGCUUUAGGCCAGCCACCAUCACCAUCUACUGCUAAUGGAUCUCUUAAGAAACAGGCUGCAUUUCUGCCUACUGCUUCAGGCCUCAAGGAGCUAUAUGGAACAUCAGAUGAUGUUGGAGUGUCGGACGUGAGUAGUGUUCCUCUGGGAUCAAAUGGGAUUCGUGCUUCUGAGGAUACAAAUAUAGACAACACAUCUAGUGGUUUGUUCGGAAGAUUUUCAGGGUUUUCAUUGCUGUCAAGAAGCCGCAGUGCGGUGCCAUCUGCCAAGUAGAGUAUGUUGUAGAUUGCAAUAACAGAAACCAUUUAGGAUAUGGAGUAGUAAAAUAGUAGUAGUAGAUUCGAGGAGGAUUAUCUCCUAGCAUUCUCCUCCUAUAUACGGCAAUGCAAUGCCUAUUAUGUAUUGAUCACCCGAAUUUUGUAGUGUAUAUCACAGAAUUAGCUCUUUAAAUACUUGGUCAAGUUCUGCUAA